AUGUCUCUGGAGGAAUUUCUCGGUGAUGAUACACUAGGAGAUUCCGUCUGGAACGAAGAUGAAAUUAACUUAGACGCAAUUAAUAAUACUACAAAUAUUGACGUUUUGAAACCAGCAGCAAGGAAUGCGGUUAAUAGUAAUAACCAUCCUAAUGACAAUGGAGGACACUACCCAAGUGGUAGGAACUCGCAGUUCCCUCCAGCUUCUCAUAAUGGAUAUCAGGACCCUGCCAUGGGUAAUUUUAAUCAAGGAGUUCAAGGUCCUCCUUAUAUAAUUAAGUUUUCCAGUUUACCUCCAAGAUUUUCAGAUUAUGACAUUAAGGAUUUAUUCCAAGCUAAAUAUACCAAAUUUAUUAAAUUCAAAUUAUUUUGGGAAUUGAAUAAGAACCCUUCCAUUUCUACUUUGAAGACAGGUUCCAUAUUUGAUCAGAAUUUUAAAAGAGAUUCUAAAGUGGCAUUUGUUGAACUAUACACAUCUCGUGAUAUGGAUAAGAUUUUAAACAAUUGGGUGGUGCCUUUAAAAGAAAUCUACCAAAUUGUUACAGAACCAGCAAAAUUUGAAGAUUUUAAAGAAUAUAUCUCUAGAGCUGCACUAUUAACUGACCCCAAAGAUGAUGCUGCUAAACCUUUCGCUGUAUCUCCACCAAAGGCAACUCCAAAGUCUAAAUCAAAUCCAUUUGGUACCGCAAAGCCAGUGGAUACACAAUCCAAGAUUCUCGACAUUGAAGAAAAAAUGAAACAUUUAGGUGUAGAAGAUACAACAACGUUAAGAAGGUUAUCACAGGAAGCUACUGGGAAACCUAAGAUAACAAUCUUGAAAAAAUCAAAACAAGAACAACAGGAAGAAUCAAAUGCUAUUGCUGAAGAAUCAAAUAUACCUAAACCUUUGAGCUAUUCUCAAGUUUUACAAAAAUCAGUAGACGAAUCAAAGAAGCCAUCAACCCCAAGUGCUACAUCAUCUACAACUUUUUUCCAAAAGGCAUUGAAAGAUGUUACAAAUAGAUCGGGCACUGACACAAGCGUUUCAGCAACUAGUGACGGCUCAAAGGAUUCAAAGUAUGAGGGCAACCAUGUCUCAAAUGAGACUGAGAACAAAGAACAAGCGGACUCGGCUGAAAAUGCGGAAACGCAUUCUUCUCAAAAGCACUUUACAUUUAAGAAUGCUGAACGAGAACCAUCUGUCGAUGCCACGACAAACGCUCCAUCAUCCGGAAAUAACCCAGAAUAUAAUAAACCAUACCAUAGAGGCGGAUCCAUGAGAGGUGGGAGAGGUAGCAACCACAAUAAACGUGGAGGUAAUUACUCUCGUGGAGGACGUGGAAGGGGUGGUGGAAACUAUCAAUCUCGUAAUAGAGGUCAAUACAAUGACAGUGAGAAUAGGGAUGAUGACUCAUCUGCUGAUAAGCAAUAUUCUAUUUUCAAACCUGCAGCUAGUUUCUUACAGGCAGAUGAUACUUUUAGUAGCAGUAAUAGAAAUACCAAUAGUAGUUAUAAUUCUAAUAGCCAUACGAAUAGAGGUGGUUCUAAUCGUGGUAGAGGUAGCUCUCGUGGCGGUUCCCGUCGCGGUGGUAGAGGGAAUUAUCAUUCUACUGGAAGCAAAUUUGUCAACGAUUAG